GAGGAAAAGAAAAAACAACCAUUUUCCCCUACACGCAGAGGUAAACCGACUUGGACGAAUCUGUAAUUGUGAGAAGAAGAUUGCUGAGGACUGAGAACUGAAACUUUUGCUCAGUAAUAUUGCCGCUGCCCAUCACCAUGACGGAAUCCAAUCCUCCCGUUGAUCCUUCUCCAUCUCAUCCUAAAACUUCGAAUGAAGUAAGCAGCGGUGCCCCCAAGGUCGAAUCCACAGGCCACAGGGUCCGCUUUCCGAACCCACCGGAGAUCCAAAAUCCCGACCCUGCAACUCUUCGAGAUCAAUGGAGAUUUGCCAUAAAACAGUACAGUAAAUGGUACUCACAUGCUUGGGGUACUGCUAUACUUGCUGGGAUCUCCUUCUUCGCUCUCGGUUGGGUUAUUAAGGGUUCCAAUCCUCUCCCCUCUCGCCAAGAUGAUUCCAAUUCGCCUUCCUCCUCCGCUUCCACUACCGCACCUGAAGCUCGCCCUUGAAAUUUUGACUUUGGAUUGGG